AUGAAGACCACGACGGCUGCGUACGAGACCGCGACUACGCAAAUGACCAUGUCUGGCCCUACUGAGAUCAAGCUCGUGGCGCCAGUGCCUACAAUUGCCACGUCCGUGCUGGCGAUAGUUGAGCAUUUUGACUUGGAAUGUUUGAAGGCCGAUUUUCUUCCUCUGCCGCCGCCGCCACCUCUGGUCUUGUCAAAUGGCGCAUAUGAGAUGACUCAUGCAACUGCUUCUGCAACGAUGCCAGUCUCCGCCACGCAGCAGCUUGUUCACCGCUGUAACGGCAUGAUGAACGUUGAAGCGUGGCACCGGUUGGACGCGCUCACUUCGAGCAAGGCCAUUCUAGCCACGAACGGCACGCAUGGGCUGGAUGCCGACGACAACCCAUUCAGCUCGGUCGGCCGGCUUUCGACACCCACAAACAAUGCCACAGUUCGCGAACCCAUUCGGCGUGAAUCGGGCGGGUGCUUCAGCGGGCCCAAUUGCCUCGUGUACUUCGAUUCACGUGUUGUGAUGAACCAGUCCAAAGUCCUCCACACGUCGUAG